GAGCCAUGGCUGCUUCUGGGAGUCACAUCCAGCGUCUCCGUGAUGAAGCCACUUGCUCCAUCUGCCUGGAUUACUUCAAGGAUCCAGUCACCAGCCCAGAGUGUGGGCACAGCUACUGCCGAUCCUGCUUGAUCCAGUGCUGGGGGGAAUCGGAGGCAGAGGCUUCCUGCCCUCAGUGCAGAGAAAGAGUUCAGAGAAGGAACCUCAUCCCCAACUGGCAACUGGCUAACGUGGUAGAAAUAGCCCAGAAUCUCAGCCUUCAAGAAGGAAAGGAGGAAGGAGGGAAAGGAGGAGUCUGUGUGAAGCACCAGGAGCCCCUGAAACUCUUUUGUAAGGAGGAUGAAGCCCUCAUCUGCCUGGUGUGUGACAGAUCCAAGGAGCACAAAGAGCACCAGGUGAUUCCUCUAGAGGAGGCUUCCGAGGAGUACAAGGGAGAGAUCUGUAACCACCUGGAGAUUCUGAGGAAAGAGAGAGAGGAAAUUCUGGCCUAUCAAGCAGACCUGGACAAGGAAAGCAAAGACCUCCUGAAAUUGCCAGAAACGGAGAGGCUGAAGACUGUGCAGAAGUUCAGAGAACUGCGCCAGUUCCUGGAAGAACAAGAGAAACAUCGGCUGAAUCAAGUGGAAGAGGUAGAGAAGGAGAUUGCAGGGAGAAGGGAUGAGCAGCUGGCCAGACUCUCCAGGAAACUCUCCUCUCUUGAGAAGAUCAUCCAGGAGAUGGAGGAAAAGUGUCAGCAGCCAGCGAGUGAACUUCUGCAGGAUGUGAGAAGCACCUUGCAGAGGAAAGGAAACACCCAGCGACUAAACACUGAGAAAGUGAAACUUAACUCGGGUCUUUUGCGUGAGGGAGCCAUGGCGGCUUCUGGGCGCCCCGUCGAGAAUCUUUGCGAUGAAGCCACUUGCUCCAUCUGCCUGGAUUACUUCAAGGAUCCAGUGAUUAUCGCAGAGUGUGGGCACAACUUCUGCCGGUCCUGCCUGAUCCAGUACUGGGGGGGAUCGGAGGCAGAGGCUUCGUGCCCUCAGUGCAGAGAAAGAGUCCAGAGAAGGAGCCUAAUCCCCAACCGGCAACUGGCUAACGUGGUAGAAUUAAUCGAGAAUCUCAGCGUUCAAGGAGGGAAAGAAGAAGAAAGAAAUGGAGGAGUCUGCGAGGAUCACCAGGAGCCCCUGAAACUCUUUUGCAAGAUAGAUGAAGCCCCCAUCUGCGUGGUGUGUGACAGAUCAAAGGAGCACAAACACCACGAGGUGAUUCCCCUGAAGGAGGCUUUCGAGGAAUACAAGAGAGAGAUCUGUAGCCGCCUGGAGAUUCUGAGGAGAGAGAGAGAAGAAAUUCUGGCCUAUCAAGCAGACCUGGACAAGGAAAGCAAAGACCUUUUUAAAUUGACAGAAACGGAGAGGCUGAAGACUGUGGAGAAGUUCAGAGAGCUGCGCCAGUUUCUGGUAGAACAGGAAAAACGUCUGCUGAAUCAUGUGGAAGAGGUGGAGAAGGAGAUUGCAGGGAGAAGGGAUGAGCAGCUGGCCAGACUCUCCAGGAAACUAGCCUCCCUUGAGAAGAUCAUCCAGGAGAUGGAGGAAAAGCGUCAGCAGCCAGCGAGUGAACUCCUGCAGGAUGUGAGAAGGACCUUGCAGAGGUAUGAGAAAAGAGAGAGUCCAGAGAAGCCACUGGCUUUCCCUCCAGAGCUGAAGAACAGGAUCUUGGAAUCCUGUGAUCUAAAUCACCUUGUGGAGGAUGCAAUGAAACAAUUUAAAGAUGCUGUGUUAUACAGAAAACCGAUUCAGAAAGAUGUUCAGUCAUUCAGAAAUCUUCAGAGAGCAAAUGUGACUCUGGAUCCAGACACAGCCCAUUCCAGGCUCAUCCUGGAUCGGAAAAGCGUUAGAUGGGGAGACAAAGAGCAAGUCCUGACGGACAAUCCUGAGAGAUUCAACAGCUGGCCUUGUGUGUUGGGACGUGAGGGAUUCACAGCAGGCAGACAUUUCUGGGAAGUCAAUGUGGAAAGUGGGGAAUGGUGGGCUUUGGGGGUCGCCAGCAAGUCUGUGAGGAGAAAGGGCAGCUUCUCCUUUAGGCCUGAGGAAGGAAUCUGGGCUGUGGGGAAGCCUGGAGGCAAGUACAGGGCCUGGACAUCCCCUGAUCCCUCUCCUCUGUCCCUGAAUGAGGAUCCCAGGAGGAUCCGGGUGACUCUGGACUAUGAAGGGAGACGUGUGUCUUUUUCUGACGCUGACUCAGGAGCCGAACUCUACACGUUCUCAGGAGCCUCAUUCUCUGGAGAGACCCUCCUCCCUUUCUUUUAUCUGUGGGGGUAUAAAUCCCACCUUAGGAUCUCCUGAGGAGACUAAAUCUGCCUCUCAGGCCCAGCAGGAGUUUCUCUCCAGACCAGAGUAACCGAUAUGAAAAACAUUUAC